GAUAACCUCAUUGCACUUUAUAUCUUCAUAUGGCUUUGCGGCAGACUAGACUUUAUGUUGCAUAUUGCUGCCUUUCACUGUUUGGAAAGUGCAUUAGCACAUUUGCUCACAAAAGAAAUGGGGGGGAAUGAAAUUGCACCACCAUCUAACCCUAUAUAUACACCACUACCCCCAACACACCUUCCCACUACUUUGGCCCCAACAUAACCUACUCCAGACCGUCAGCCUGGGAGGCUGGAUCCCAUUCUCCCCCAAAAAACUGUUCUUCUAAACUAAAAUCUCUGAUAUGCAAAAACUUCUCUGCUGUGGUUCCAACGCAGGGCUAAGGGUCAGAAGGUUGAGGGUUCGCCGACCAUCACAGACGAGCUCACUCUUCCUGCCUGUUUCAUCAAAUCAAAUUUUAUUUGUCACGUGCCGAAUACAAGUGUAGACUUUACCGUGAAAUGCUUCCUUACAAGCCCUUAACCAACAGUGCCGUUCAAGAAGAAGAAAAUAUUUACCAAGUAGACUCAAUUAAAAAGUAAUAAUAAAAGUAACACAAUAAGAACAAUAACAAGGCUAUAUACAGGGGGCACCGGGUACCGAGUCAGUGUGCGGGGGUACAGGUUAGUUGAGGUAAUCUGUACAUGUAGGUGGGGGCGAAGUGACUAUGCAUAGGUAACAAACAAACAGCAAGUGUACAAAAGGGAGAGGGGGUCAAUGUAAAUUGUCCGGGUGGCGAUUUUAUGAAUUGUUUAGCAGUCUUAUGGCUUGGGGGUAGAAGCUGUUGAGGAGCCUUUUGGUCCUAGACUUGGCACUCUGGUACCGCUUUCCGUGCGGUAGCAGAGAAAACAGUCUAUAACUUGGGUGACUGGCGUCUCUGACAAUUUUAUGGGCUUUCCUCUGACACCGCCUAUUAUAUAGGUCCUGGAUGGCAGGAAGCUUGGCCCCAGUGAUGUAUUGGGCAUUUCGCACUACCCUCUGUAGCGCCUUACGGUCAGAUGCCGAGCAGUUGCCAAACCAGGCGGUGAUGGAACCGGUCAGAAUGCUCUCGAUGGUGCAGCUGUAGAACAUUUUGAGGAUCUGGGGACGCAUGCCAAAUCUUUUUAGUCUCCUGAGGGGGAAAAGGUUUUGUCGUGCCCUCCUCACAACUGUGUUGGUAUGUUUGGACCAUGAUAGUUCGUUGGUGAUGUGGACACCAAGAAACUUAAAACUCUCGACCCGCUCCACUACAGCCCUGUCGAUGUUAAUGGGGGCCUGUUCGGGCCACCUUUUCCUGUAGUCCACGAUCAGCUCCUUUGUCUUGCUCACAUUGAGGGAGAGGUUGUUGUCCUGGCACCACACUGCCAGUUGUCUGAUCUCCUCCCUAUAGGCAGUCUCAUCGUUGUCGGUGAUCCGGCCUACCACUGUUGUGUUGUCAGCAAACUUAAUGAUGGUGUUGGAGUCGUGUUUGGCCACGCAGUCGUGGGUGAACAGGGAAUACAGGAGGGGACUAAGUACACACCCCUGAGGGGCCCCAGUGUUAAGGAUCAGCGUGGCAGACGUGUUGUUGCAUACUCUUACCACCUGGGGGUGGCCCGUCAGGAAGUCGAGGAUCCAGUUGCAGAGGGAGGUGUUUAGUCCCAGAGUCCUUAGCUUAGUGAUGAGCUUCGUGGGCGCUAUGGUGUUGAACGCUGAGCUGUAGUCAAUGAACAGCAUUCUCACAUAGGUGUUCCUUUUGUCCAGGUUGAGAAAGGGCAGUGUGGAGUGCGAUUGAGAUUACGUCAUCUGUUGGGGCGGUAUGCGAAUUGAGAGUGGGUCUAGGGUGUCUGGGAGGAUGCUGUUGAUGUGAGCCAUGACCAGCCUUUCAAAGCACUUCAUGGCUACCGACGUUUCUGUGCCAAUGAUCUCCAGAGCCCUGUUCCUCCUCCACGCACUCUCCCUGUGGUGCGUGUCUCCAGCCCAGUACCUCCAGUUCCGGCACCACACACCAAGCUUACUGUGCGUAUCCAGAGCCCUGUACACACUGUUCCUUCUCCCCGCAUUCGCCCUGAGGUGCGUGCCCUCAGCCCGGUACCACCAGUGCCGGUACCACGCACCAGGCCUCUAGUGCGCCUCGAGAGUCCAAUGUGCCCUGUUCCUGCUCCCCGCACUAGCCUUGAGGUGCGUGUCUCCAGUCCGGUACCACCAGUUCCGGAACCAUGCACCAGGCCUACUGUGCGCCUCAGCAGGUCAGAGUCGGCCGUCUGUCCAACGCCGCCUGCACUGCCUGCCUGCCCAGCGCCAUCUGAGCUGCCUCCCUGCCCAGCGCCAUCUGAGCUGCCUCCCUGCCCAGCUCCGUCGGAGCUGCCUGCCUGCCCAGCUCCGUCGGAGCUGCCUGCCUGCCCAGCGCCAUCUGAGCUGCCUGCCUGCCCAGCGCCAUCUGAGCCGCCCGUCUGUCCCGAGCCAUUAGAGCCGUCCGUCAGUCAGGAGCCGCCAGAGCCGUCCGUCAGUCAGGAGCUGCCAGAGCCGCCCGCCAGUCAGGAGCUGCCAGAGCUGCCUGCCAGUCAUGAGCUGCCCUCCAGUCAUGAGCUGCCUUCCAGUCAUGAGCUGCCCUCCAGUCAUGAGCUGCCCUCCAGUCAUGAGCUGCCCUUCAGCCCGGAGCUGACCCUCAGUCCGGAGCUGACCCUCAGUCCGGAGCUGACCCUCAGUCCGGAGCUGCCAUUAGUCCGGAGCUGCCCUUCAAUCCGGAGCUGCCUCUCUGUCCGGAGCUGCCUCUCAGUCCGGAGCUGCCCCUCUGUCCUGAGCUACCUCUCUGUCCUGAGCUACCUCUCUGUCCUGAGAUACCUCUCUGUCCUGAGCUACCUCGCUGUACUGAGCUACCUCUCUGUCCUGAGCUGUCUCCUCAAUCUAGUGGGGACCUUGGUGAAGAGGGUCGCCACUCAAAGGACGCUAAUGAGGGGGACAAAGACAAUGGUGGAGUGGUGGCCUCGUCCUGCGCCGGAGCCGCCACCGCGGACAGAUGCCCACCCAGACCCUCCCCUUGAGUUUUAGGGGGUGCGUUCGGAGUCCGCACCUCAGGAGGGGGGUACUGUCACGUUCUGACCAUAGUUCUUGUGUGUUUUGCUUGUUUUAGUGUUGGUCAGGACGUGAGCUGGGUGGGCAUUCUAUGUUGUGUGUCUUGUUUGUCCGUUUCUAUGUUUGGCCUAAUAUGGUUCUCAAUCAGAGGCAGAUGUUUUGUGUUGUCUCUGAUUGGGAAUCAUAUAUAGGUGGCUUGUUUUGUGUUGGGGAUUGUGGGUGGUUGUUUCCUGUCUCUGUGUUUUCUCUGCACCAGAUAGGGCUGUAGCCACGUUUGUUAUUUUUGUUAUUUUGUAUUUUGUAAGUGUUCACUGUUUAAUCGUCAUUAUUAAAUCAUGUUGAACACGAGCUACGCUGCGUCUUGGUCCAA